AGCGCCGCCCCCGCCCGGGAGGUCCCGCAGCGCCCGCGAGUCCCUUCGGCAGCCCCAGCGCGGGGGGGGGGGGCCCGGCCGGGCCGCGGCGGAACAUGAACCGGCCACCGCUGCUCCCCACAGCUGAAGGGAUGGCGGCCACCAGCGCCCCAGCCCGUGGUGGCCCAGCGGCCGCGGCAGUGCCGAGGGCCAGCUAAGGACAAGGCCUCCUCCUCCUCGUUCCCUGGGCCUCCGUCCCGCUUGGAUCGGGAUCCUCCCUCCCUGAGGACACCUCUGCCUUUCCCUUCGCUGCCACCAUGAACGGGCUGUCCCUCAGCCAGCUCUGCUGCCUCUUCUGCUGCCCGCCCUGCCCCAGCCGCAUCGCUGCCAAGUUGGCUUUCCUGCCCCCCGAGCCCACCUACACCCUCAGCCCCGAGCCUGAGCCCGUGGGCAGCACCAGCACCGGGUCCCUGCGGGGCGGCGUCGCGGGGCGCUGGAAGCUCCACUUGAAGGACCGGGCGGAUUUUCAGUAUUCCCAACGGGAGUUGGACAACAUCGAGGUGUUUGUCACCAAAAGCGGACGGGGGAACCGCGUGGGCUGCAUGUACGUCCGCUGCGUGCCCGGGGCCAGGUACACGGUGCUCUUCUCCCACGGCAACGCCGUGGACCUGGGGCAGAUGAGCAGCUUCUACAUCGGGUUGGGCACCCGAAUCAACUGCAACAUCUUCUCCUAUGACUACUCGGGCUACGGGGUGAGCACGGGGAAGCCCUCAGAGAGGAACCUCUACUCAGACAUCGAUGCUGCCUGGCAGGCACUGAGGACACGGUAUGGGAUCAGCCCAGAGAACAUCAUUUUGUAUGGGCAGAGCAUUGGCACCGUGCCCACCGUGGAUCUCGCCUCCCGUUACGAGUGUGCUGCCAUCAUCCUGCACUCCCCACUCACCUCUGGCAUGAGGGUGGCUUUCCCUGAGACAAAGAAGACCUACUGGUUCGAUGCCUUCCCCAACAUUGAGAAGAUCUCCAAGAUCACCUCUCCUGUGCUCAUCAUCCACGGCACUGAGGACGAGGUGAUUGAUUUCUCCCACGGCCUGGCCCUCUUUGAACGCUGCCCCAAGGCUGUGGAGCCUCUGUGGGUGGAUGGGGCAGGGCACAACGACAUCGAACUCUACAGCCAGUACCUCGAGCGCCUUCGGAAAUUCAUCUCCCAGGAGCUGGGCAGCCAACGGAACUGACCAGCCAGGAGAGGGGCUGGGGGGCUUCCUGACCCCUCCUCAGUCAGUCCCUGCUGCUGGAGGUGCGAUGAGUUUGGGGCUGGAGCAGACGGAGCAUCCCUGGGACUCCCUCCCGGAGUCAGCCCCGGCACUGCUGGCACCUCCAGCCCGGCAAGGGAUGGCAGCUCCUUCCUUCCCCAGAGUGAGGGGAGCCCACCCUUUUUGGGGAUAAAUCCUUGGCUUUAGACACAUCCUCCUCCCCUCUCCUAAAACGGCAAAAUCCCUGGAUCCCUCCCGGCCUCUCUGCUGCUCUGACUAUAGCAAUAAUGUGAGCUGGAGAGGGGCUGGGGGCCCGGCCCCCUCCCCGGCAUCGCUGCGGGGUGGGAUGGAGGAGGUGGCAGCUCCUGCUCUUGGCAGAGCUCUCCUGGGAUCAGCACGGGGGUGCCUGCUGUCCCCUCCCCACAUCCCGGGCAGAGCUGUGUUCCCGAGGGCAGUUUGGGGACACUUGGAGGAGGUGCCCCCAGCCUGGCUCUGCCUUCCCAGAGCACUCCCCAUAUUCAGGUCACCCCUGGAAAAUCCCCUCCAUGCCGCUCCCUUGGGAAGGGGGCUGAGGGCACCAGGCACCCAAUAAAGAGCAGAUUGAACAUUUUA